UACGUUUUGCGCGAAAGCGGCUGCACAGUUCAAUAGAGGCGUUUUUAAAGAUAGAUAAGUUGGCGGACUAUUUUAUACGUAACUCGCAGGCGGAGGGAUGAAACAACGGCGUGUCCAUGCGACCGAAUGGGUUUCCUCAGCUUUGAUCGAUGGGUCUUGAGGGGUUGUGCUUAGGCUGUGAUGAAAAACCCAAAAUGGCGUGUAGCUUAGACAGGAUGAACGGGGGCUAGUUCUCGAAAGGAAAAAACUGACCACUACGACGUGCUGGAACUUGUUUAUGUGCCCGGUUGAAUAGCAAAAGUGUUACUCUGGUGAAACGGAUACGAGAAAAGCAGCAGCUCAGCGAAUGUUGUGUACCAGCACCGCCGCGGAGAGCCGGAGCGCUGGGAUGGGCUGACAGCGCGGAGGCCGCAGAUGUACAGCCGCCCUGAGAGCGACCCACAGCCGAACAAUAGAGUCUGUGAUCAGCCGAGACAGUGACACGGCCUGGACUGUGUGCCCCUCACUAAAACUGGGUCGAUAUUCUCCCCGAAUCAACACCAGAACGCGCUUGAAGACGUGCACAGAGCAAGUGGCGGAGUAGCAAUGGAGGGAGGGGAAGAGUUUGUUCCACCUCCGGAAUGUCCAGUGUUUGAGCCGUCAUGGGAGGAGUUUGCAGAUCCACUUGGUUACAUCGCCAAGAUCCGUCCAAUUGCAGAGAAGUCUGGGAUAUGCAAGAUUCGCCCUCCUCCAGACUGGCAGCCACCUUUUGCUGUGGAGGUGGAUAAUUUCCGCUUCACUCCUCGAAUACAGAGACUUAAUGAACUGGAGGCUGAGACGAGAGUAAAGCUGAAUUAUCUGGACCGAAUUGCCAAGUUCUGGGAGAUUCAAGGUUCAUCUCUCAAAAUCCCCAACAUAGAACGACGCAUUCUAGACCUUUUCAGCUUGGCUAAGAUUGUGACUGAGGAGGGUGGCUUUGAGACAGUCUGCAAAGAGAGGCGAUGGGCUCGAGUGGCUCAGAAGCUUGGUUACCCACCAGGCAAAAACAUUGGCUCACUCCUGAGGUCGCACUAUGAGAGGAUUGUCUAUCCUUUUGAGAUGUUCCAGUCUGGUGCCAGCUUACCGCCAUGUAAGCCUAGGCCUUAUGAUAGUGACGAUGUGGACAAAGAGUAUAAGCCACACUCCAUCCCCCUCCGCCAGUCAGUGCAGCCCUCCAAGAUGAGCAGUUACGGACGAAGAGCCAAUCGCCUGCAGCCUGAGGGUCCAGAGGAUCCAACCCACCACCCUCUUACCACUGGCUCUCAACACAUCUCCUCGCCUGAGCCCACUGAGGAGGACAUAGAGAAGAAUCCUGAGCUCAAGAAGUUACAGAUCUAUGGAGCAGGACCCAAGAUGAUGGGCCUCGGUUUGGUAGCUCGGGACAAGGCCAGGAAAAAAGAUGAGCUGCCUCAGACAGUAAUCGUUCGAGACAGCAGUGCUGCUGGCGCCAUUAAAGAAGAGCCAGCAGAGACUCAAGUCACAAGGUCAGACUCGGACAUACCCCCGCCACCUCCAAACCUCAUUGUUAAGAGUGAGGUAAAGAAAAAAGAGGAGGACAGCGCAGAUGAGUUCGACAGCAGCGCUAAAGAUGAGCCUUGCACAAAGAUGACCAUGAGGCUCCGACGGAACCUCAACAACCCUCAGUUUGUGGAUUCCUUUGUGUGUCGGAUGUGUGGCCGUGGGGAUGAGGACGAGAAGCUGCUGCUAUGUGAUGGUUGUGAUGAUAAUUAUCACACCUUCUGCCUCCUGCCUCCUCUCACAGACCCUCCAAAGGGCAACUGGCGCUGUCCCAAAUGUAUAGCAGAGGAGUGUAAAAAACCUUCUGAGGCGUUUGGUUUUGAGCAGGCCACGAGGGAAUAUACGCUACAGAGUUUCGGGGAGAUGGCAGACACGUUCAAAGCUGAUUACUUUAACAUGCCUGUCCAUAUGGUGCCAACAGAGCUGGUUGAGAAGGAGUUCUGGCGGCUGGUUAGCAGUAUUGAGGAGGACGUUACUGUAGAGUAUGGAGCUGACAUUCACUCCAAAGAGUUUGGGAGUGGCUUCCCUGUCAACAAUGGCAAGAGGCAUUUAUCAAAUGAAGAGGAGGACUACGCUCGCAGUGGCUGGAACCUGAAUGUGAUGCCAGUGUUAGAGCAGUCAGUAUUGUGCCACAUUAAUGCAGACAUCUCGGGUAUGAAGGUGCCAUGGCUGUAUGUUGGCAUGGUGUUCUCAGCCUUCUGCUGGCACAUCGAAGACCACUGGAGUUACUCAAUCAACUACUUGCACUGGGGUGAGCCCAAGACCUGGUAUGGUGUUCCUUCAGUCGCAGCCGAGAAGUUGGAGGAAGUGAUGAAGAAACUCACUCCUGAACUCUUUGAGUUCCAGCCUGACCUGCUUCAUCAACUCGUCACCAUCAUGAACCCUAAUAUUCUCAUGUCUCAUGGAGUACCGGUUGUCCGUACUAAUCAGUGUGCGGGAGAGUUUGUCAUCACUUUUCCUCGAGCGUAUCAUAGUGGCUUCAAUCAGGGAUAUAACUUCGCUGAAGCCGUUAACUUCUGCACCGCAGAUUGGUUGCCCACAGGGCGUUCCUGCAUCGAGCAUUACCGUCGCCUUCGCCGCUACUGUGUGUUCUCUCAUGAAGAGCUUACCUGUAAGAUGGCUGCUUGCCCAGAGAAGCUGGACUUGAACUUGGCUGCUGCCACACACCGGGAGAUGUUCAUCUUCGUCCAAGAGGAGAGGAAACUCCGAAAGGCCCUGCUGGAGAAGGGUAUAACGGAGGCUGAACGGGAGGCGUUUGAGUUGUUGCCAGAUGAUGAAAGGCAGUGUGACAAGUGCAAGACCACCUGCUUCCUCUCAGCCCUGGCCUGCACAAACUGCCCCGAGCGCCUUGUCUGCCUCUACCACACGCAAGACCUCUGCUCCUGCCCCAUCGACAAACUCUACCUCAGGUAUCGGUACACUCUGGACGAGCUGCUGGCCAUGCUGCACAGGCUGAAGGUUCGGGCUGAGUCCUUUGACUCUUGGGCCAACAGAGUGAAGGAAGCCCUUGAACAAGAGGAGGGCAACAAAAUAGGCAUUAAAGAUCUGGAGGUGCUAAAGGAGGAAGCAGCUGAAAGGAAGUUUCCAGACAAUGAGCUUCUCCAGAGGCUCAGAAGUGUACUAGCUGACAUCCAAAGGUGCAAGAGCAGAAGCAAGGAGCUUCUUGACGGCACCCAGAGCAGUAAGAUGAGCCUGCAGGACCUCCGCACACUGGUGGAAACUAUGCAAAACUUACCCUGUGUCAUGGAACAGAUUGGGGAGGUGCAGGCUGUAUUAAAGAAGCUUGAGGAAUUUGAAUCCCGCGGACAGGCGCUAGUGAACAGCAGUGGAGACGAGUGGAAGAAGGAUGCUGCUUCUCCUCCGGCAGGGGAUAUCAAGGCUCUGCUGGAUGAGGGGGCCCUGCUGCCAGUAGUGGCCCCUGUAUGCGAGAUGCUCAGUGGGCUGCAGGAGCAGGGUCGCUGGCUGGAGCAGGUGCGGCGGACGCUGGGGCCGGAGGGUGGAGAGGUGACGCUGGCGGUGCUGAGAAACCUGAUGGAGGCCGGCUGCAACGUGCCACAGAGUGUAGGCGUGGAGACUGCCAUGGCAGAGCUGCAGGAGCUGUUAACCAUUGCUGAGCGCUGGGAAGAAAAGGCCCAGAUUUGCCUGGAGCACAGGCAGAAGCAUCCUCUCUCAACACUGGAGGCCAUAGUGAAUGAGGCCCAGCUGAUCCCGGUGCAGUUGCCUAACAUCCUGUCUCUGCAGGCCUGCCUAAGCCGGGCACGUGCCUGGGUCACCGAUUUGGAGGAGAUCCAGAACGGGGAGCACUACCCCUGCCUGGAUGAUCUGGAAGGUCUGGUGGCGAUCGGCCGUGACCUUCCCGUGCGGAUGGAGGAGCUUCGACAGCUGGAGCUGCAGGUUGCCAGCGCUCACUCCUGGAGAGAAAAGGCCAGCAAGACGUUCUUGAAGAAGAGCAGUCAGCACAGCCUACUAGAGGUUUUGUGUCCAUGUGUGGAGAAGAGCAAGAAACGGGAGGAUGACUCCAUAAGCUCAGAAGCUGACUCAGAUGUCAAUGUGCUGGGUCUCACUGCUCAGGACCUCAGAGACCCAGGAGCCAUUGUAAUGGCGUUUAAAGAGGGUGAGCGCCAGGAAAAAGAGGCCCUCCUGCGCCUGCAGCAGCUGAACCUAGCCAAACCUGGGGAAGUUAAAUUGGAGCAGAGGGACUCCAUGGACACAGACACUCCCCCUCCCUCUGGUAACCCGCAGCAGAACGGUGGUUCCUCCCCCUCCCGCACAUCAGGCCAAUCGUUGUGCGUGUGCGGUGGCCCUCCCCGGCCCUUGCUCCACCGCUGCCACCUGUGCAGAGACUGGUUUCAUGGAGGCUGCGUGCCCUUCCCUACUGUACUGGGUCCUACUGAGGCACCCCUAGCUAGCCCACUCUGUUGGUGGGACUGGGACACACGUUUCUUGUGCCCACGGUGCCAGCGCUCACGACGCCCGCGGUUAGAGACCAUCCUGGCUCUGCUGGUGGCUCUGCAGAGGUUGCCUGUGCGCCUCCCUGAGGGAGAGGCCCUCCAGUGCCUCACAGAGAGAGCCAUCACUUGGCAGGGCCGAGCCAAAGAGGCUUUGGAGACUCCAGAAGUGCAGAAAGCUCUGCAGAGACUGCAGGACCUCAAAGAGACACGCAUUAAGGAAAAGAAGGAACAGAAGCAUCUGGAACAGGAGGAAGAGGAAAAGAAGGGGAACAAGGAGGACGUUAUUGUGCUGUCAGACUCAGAGGAACAAGAGGAUGGUGUUAUAGACUUGACGGAAGAGGCAGACACGGCGAAUAAGGAUGAGAAGAAAGCUGCUAAUGGAAUACAGUCUGGCUGUGAAAAUGGAAUUAAGAAGACAGAUACUCAUAAAAUAACAGGGGUUGAGUCUCUGGUACCACUGGUAUCAUGUCUUAAGGGGCCAGCGAUUGAACUGACCCCCUCAACCAGAGCGCAGUUAGAGGAGCUUCAGCUAGAGGGCGACCUGCUGGAAGUCACGUUAGACCAGACACACACUAUCUACAGACUCCUGCAAGCAGCAUCAUCGCCUCCUCACCAGUCACUACAGAAGUUAUUACAGAUUGUGCUGCAGGAGCAGAAGCUCUCAGGUCGUGGCAGCAGGUCGAAGGACUCCCGGAGGAAAAGGAAGAGUCAGAAGGCAGAAGGAGGACCCAAACCCACUGAGCCCUCGGAGUCCAAGAAAGCACGAGCUCUUAACCACACACUUGUACAGAUAAACCAAGAGGUUUUGUGAUGAGUUGUAUGUUUGUGGUCUGUGGAGAGGAUGGCGGUGGAACGAAGAUCCACAAAGCAACAGUACAGUAAAUCACUCUGGGCCAAAGAAGCACCCAGACGGCUGAGGAGAUUACAUACUCGUUCAUUCGUCACACUUAUUAAGCUCACAGUUGUGUGUGUAUGUGCGUGCGCACACAACUACCAGUACCUACUGUCCUCGACAAACCUGCUCAUUUCAUUUCACCCCUCAUGCACACUCCCUCCAUCUGCACCGUUUGUUACCUUCUGCACUCCUGUGUUCUCAUCAGUUCAUCAUGUCUCUACAUCUUUUCACAUCCUUCAUCUGAAACUCCUCCUCCUCCUGCUCUUCCUCUUCAUUAUUGUUCUCAGUUUAUGCAGGAUGUUUUGUUUGAGGUAUUCCCUCCCCCUCCCCCCUUCACUUUCUGUCUGCUGCUUUUCAGUGGGGGAUUACUGGGAAUUUGCUCUCUGGCCUGACUGUCUUUUUAAACUGUACCAAACAGUGCUGAACCCAGGAAUUGCCAGUUCUCUUUCCUUCCUGCAUAAUGUGACAUAGUUUAGCUACCCACCCACCCCCACCCCCCUCACUCACACACUGGUUUGGUGGCAUCGGACAUACAAAGAGGAGUGUGGCAGAGUUGCCAUGUCAGUACUUGUAUUUUUUAUGUAUUGAGUCUCGUGUUUUGUUGAGGCUGUCGAGGGAGACUCAGAUUUUGAAUAAACUAGAUUAUUUUGGGGUCUGGGAGGGUAAGGAAAAAAAACAGGCAUUUGAGUUUUGGUGCUAUUUUCCCAAAAUAGGUCACUGCAUAUUAUUCCUCUCUAUCUACUGACUUUUAAUUUUAACCAUUUCAGUAAUUCAGUUCUCUUACUUUUCCCUUGAUGCUUUAUUUUUGUCUUAUUCUGCUGUCUCUCUUUUUUUUUUCCCCACUUCUUCUCUUCUGCCCUUACCCCAGAAGUUUAAGGAACUGUACAAACACCUCACUGUAAUUCACUUUAUCUCCAUUUUAUUUUGUUCUUGGGUUCUAAUAAUUAUUAUAUUAUUAUUGGUAUUGCAGACAAGCAAUUGUUGUGAGUUUGUGUAUAAACAUUUUCAUUUCAAUGUUGCCUUUUGUUUCUUUUCACUCUUGUUAGAGAAUAAAAGUUUAGAAUUGUUUUAGGA